CUCGUCUUGCUGAUGCUGCCCAACACACCCGCAGACCUCCCGGUGCUCCCUCUGACAGGUUAACGGCUCACACACCGGCACGACCGAAGAACAACAGCGGACACACGGUGAGUUCACCGGACACCUUCACCCAUCACGGAGGUUUCACGGUUCGUGUGACCAACUGUCCCCGAACCUUGGGCGGAGAACGUCACGGUGGCUGCUCUGUCGUUUCGUUCCCAGUGAUCACGGAGACUGACACAGGCAAACCGCCGCAUGUUUCCUGUUAUUUGAGCUCCGGGUGAAACGGGCGGCUGGAGUCGUGCAGCAGGAGACGCUCUCCAUCCCCACCAGUGACACCAGGCUUUCAGGGUGAGACUGCAGACUCUUUAACCAGGAAACUGAUCCAUGUUGGAGUGGUGAGUUCCUGUGCAACCUGGUCCAGCUUUCGGGGGUCAGGAGCUAGUUAAGACUUGACCCGGGAUCUGGCUGCGGUCUCAUAAUAAUCCUCUAAAGAGCUUAAGCGGGCUAAGUUUGUCCCUGGACUGUGACAGGUGGUGUGCUCACCAUGAUGCAGAUAUCUGACUCCUACAACCAGAAGAACUCGCUCUUCAACGCCAUGAACCGCUUCAUUGGCGCCGUCAACAACAUGGACCAGACGGUGAUGGUGCCCAGCCUGCUGCGGGACGUUCCGCUGGACGAGAACGGGGACGUGAAGGCACUGAGGACCGCCAACGACACCACACCCGCCGCCGCCGCCCACUGCACCACCUACUUCCACCAGGACGCCGACAUGUACAGCUCGUACGUCCUGCUCAAGUCCAUCCGUAACGAUAUCGAGUGGGGCGUCCUGCAGGGUGACGGGCGGGGGAAGGAGAGGGCGGGUGUGACGGAGGUGUCGCGGGUGGAGGCGGAGGAGGAUGACCUGGAGAAACAGUUUCGUUACCACCUGAACGGACUCCACACGGUUCUGUCCAAACUGACGCACAAGGCCAACAUGCUGACGAACCGCUACAAGGAGGAGAUCGGCUGCGGAAAUUAACCACGGACGGAUUCAUUUAUACAAGUUCUACGACCACACAGGUGUUUUUAACACGGUUCAGCUAGCUAGUUAGUUAGUCAGACAAUUUAAUUCCUGCUUCAGUGUUAUGGGGAACAAACUUCACUUUAUCAUUUCCAAUUCAGAGUUCAAGGUUCAUUAGUGAAAUUGAAGUGAUGCUGAAACACCACAAAAAAACAAAUCAUUUCCAUAAAUGAAACCUGAGCACCUACUUCCUGUUUCAACACAUCAACCUGUCUUGAUGUCACUGAUCCCCCAGACACAUGCACUUAAAUGAAGUCAUGGGUGAUAUUUGACCUGUUAUAUUCUUAUGUUUUAGAUUUUUUAGAGAGAAAAAUAGUUGUUAGUUUGAAGAGCCUGUGUCUGACCCUGCUACAGGUUGUAUGCUGGAUUUCACCAGUUGAGUUCAGACCAGGUCUGAUCCCCGGGGGGGGGGGGGGCGCACAGGACAACAGACAAACUGACGUCAGGACAUCUCGGCUUCUGCUGCUUCAGUUUGGACCACUCUUAUUUUAAUGUGUCUGUUUAUGGACGUGGCACAUUACAUCACUUCCUGAAGUGCCACUUUAAAUGUUAGAAAAUCUGAAUUCACUUUAUCAGUUUGUCAUGUGGGGUUGACUUUCUGACACUGAUAAGCAGCCGAUUACCAAAUAUUCAAUGUCAAAGUGUCCUUGAACGCACCUCCAAGGAGUUUUCUGAUCCGUUAGUUUCAGCUGCUUCACCAGACUGAUUCAAAACCAAACACUGAUUUUACUGGAUGAUCUCUGCAGCAAGUUUCAACUUAAUUAACAACAACAUUGAAAUGAUUUUUAGAGUUAAUGAACUAACAUUUGUAAAAACACCAGUGUGGUUUGUAAAAAAAAAAAAAAAAAAAAAAAAAAAAAAAAAGGGACUGCAGCUGUUGAUUGGACAAAAGACUGGAGAAAUAAGAAGAGCCUGAUAUUUUCUCUGGUUGUUUGUCCGAAUGUAGUUGUUGAAGACACACAGCGGGUGAUUGGCUUUUUUCUUGGGGCUGUUUGCACUAUGUUUUCAGGGUUAUUGUCUAUCUGUCUUUGUUUGUCCUCUCUCUGGCUGUCCUUCAUUUCAUGCUGUAAAUUCAAAUCUAUGCAAACACACCGAGGGCAACGUGCUCGGCUGUAAACCUCUGCACAGUGGAACCUGCUCUGUGACGAGACUGAAGAGGAAGCGGCUUCGUUAAUGUUUGUUCUUGACUGCACACGCACAAACUGAAGAGAAGUCCUUUAUUUUCAAAAUAAAACUCCCUGACCUGCUUCAAAUGUUCAUCUUAAAUGCAGCUGACAAACUUUAGACACAUGAUGACACUUCAAUGAUCUCUAAUCAAUACGAUUCCAGUGCAAAAUGAUCAAUACUAAAGUUGAUAUAUUGCUCAAGGUUGAAACCAGCCAAUCACAGGUUUAUUUUGGCCAUUGAGUUUAUUUGUUUACAGAGAUUUCUGAGCGAAUCUUAAUUGGAUGUUAAAGUGUCUGUCAGGCUGCAACUCAUUCAAAACCUCAGCUGGAUUUUCCUGAAUUUAUUUUCUUGCAUCAAAACAUGAACGUGAUUAUUGACAGAUGUUGUUUCUGUUGGGAUGAAGACAAACCAGAGUUUAACGAAACCGUCUUUAAAGGAUCUGAAGGUUUGAAGCAGCAGCUUUAGUCACUGUGCUUCACAACUCUGUAAAAACUGAAGGAUUUCUGGAGCUGCGUAAAAAUACUGUAUGUGAAAAUAUUAAUGGACUAUUCCACAGAGCAAUGCUUUUUUCCAUUUAAUGUCCAGCUUGAAAAUUAAAGGUUUU